GAGAACAAGAGGAAUAAGAACCAGAGCCUGUCACCGGAACUCGUAUUACUCGCACGACUCCAUCCGUUACUCGUCUCACAUUUGGCUCUAUUAGUGUCCGAUCCUCUGCUUGACCUUCGCUUCAAUGGUCUGCCAACGGGUCUCUUGUGGACGCCAUCAGCGCGACUAUUGACUACAUUCAAGACAUUGCCGUUCAUGUGNUUCUUAGGCAAUACAGAUGUCGAUCAACCAAAGGGUAUAGAAGUGGUUAAGGAAGGCAUUAGGAAAUUGAAGUUUAAUCAACACAUCAAAAGGGCUGAAGGUAUCAAAUGCUUGUUUAAUUGUUUUAUUAUACUUACAAUUCCCACUACUUCUGAGAAGAAAUUCUUCAGUUUUAUUGCCAAAGAGUCUGAGUCUGAGAAACACAUUUGUUUUGUGUUCGUAAGCGAUAAGUUGGCCGAAGAGAUAACACUGACUAUCGGACAGGCGUUUGAUUUGGCUUAUCGUAAAUUCUUAGAGACUUCGGGACGCGAUCUCGAAAUGAAGAGACAGUUAAUGAUUUUACAGAAGAGAGUCCGAGAACUGGAGCAACAAAACUAUGAACUCAGAGAAAGACUUAAUAUUUACGAACAAAAUGGCGUUAAUUCUAAUCACAAUUUAUCACUAAAUAACACUAACUUAGAGACUAAGCACAUGAAUGGCAACGACAAACAUAAAACCGAGACUAUGAUCAUAUCACAGCCAUUACCACCACUACAACCCCCUCCCAGUGCCCUUCCGCGUGCACUUAACCGCAGUUUCUCUGAGAACCAAUCCGUCAAUUUGUUGGACUUAGACAUCAGCCAAACGAAGCCAACAGUCGGCAGAAAACUCGAAAACUUAAGCCUUAAAGAGUUGGACGAAGACUUCAAUCCUCGCGCCGAAGAUACCAACGGUUGCAACGGUUCUGCAGUGGAGACACAAAACGGACAUUCAAUGAACGGUUUGUCAAAGGAUUUGUUUGGAAGCGAGCCGUUCACUGUUGAGAAGGGAGACCCCUUCGGAAUGGGAGAGUUCGGGGCACAAGAACUCGAGACAGCCAUCGGUGCUAUCGAUAGAAGAUUGGCUGAAAUGAGGGACGGCUUUAGUCGCGGUCUCUCAAAGCCAUUGCUGCUCAAGUGUUAG